AUGGUCACCAUCAUCCGCACGCCUGAUGCUGUGGCAGUACCCCGGCACGUCUUGGUUUGCUCCGGUGGCACUGACGUGGUGCUCAGCAGUGACGAGCAGCACAGGCAGGAGGAGGAGAUGGAGAGUGACCUGCAGCACGCAUCAAAUCCUAUCACUGACAUCCGCACAGAUAAAGUUGAGCAGAAGAGCAUCUCCUUGUCGUGGCAGGAGCCGGGCUUCCCGACCGCAAACGGCACCGAGUAUGAGGUCAAGUACUACGAGAAGGAUCAGAGAGACCAGAGUUACUCAACUGUGAAAACCACAUCAACAGCCGUGACUGUCAAUAACCUGAAGCCUGGCACCCUCUAUAUUUUCCAAAUCCGGACAUCUUCCUCACCAGACUUUGGGAACUACAACCCUAGUAUUGAAGUGGAGACCCUGGCAGAGUUGACGGUGGCCUCCAGCGAGCAGAACCCCGUUCUCAUCAUCGCGGUGGUGGCCAUCGCGGGGCUGACGGUGCUGGUGUCCAUGGUGAUCGGCACCAUGGUCUGGAGGAGACAGUGUGGAUACAGCAAAGCCAGCCAGGAUGGGGACGAGGAGCUGUACUUCCACUUUAAAAUACCAACCAGGAGGACAUACAUCGACCCUGACACUUGUGAAGACCCCAUGCAGGCCGUGCACCUCUUUGCCAAAGAGCUGGAUAACGCUAGUAUUAAAAUCGAGAGGAUCAUUGGGACAGGAGAGUUUGGAGAGAUCUGCCGGGGGUGCCUGAAGCUGCCCAGCAAGCGGGAGCUGCCGGUGGCGAUCCAGACCCUGCGGGCAGGGUGCUCGGAGAAGCAGCAGCGUUCCUUCCUGGCAGAGGCGUGCACCAUGGGCCAGUUCGAUCACUCCAAUGUCAUCCGCCUGGAGGGGGUCAUCACCAGAGGGAGCACCAUGAUGAUAGUGAUGGAGUACAUGGGGAAUGGUGUGCUGGACUCUUUUCUCAGGAAACAUGAGGGACAGUUCACGGCCACCCAGCUGGUUUGCAUGCUGCAGGGGAUUGCCUCUGGCAUGAAGUACCUGGCAGAGAUGGGUUACAUACACAAAAACCUGGCUGCCCACAAAGUCCUCGUGAACAGCAGCCUGGCUUGCAAAAUAACUGGUUUCAGACGGCCACAAGAGGAUAAGAUGGAGACCAUCUUCUCCACCAUGCGUGGGAAGAGCCUGGUGCUGUGGUCAGCCCCCGAAGCCAUCCAGUAUCACCACUUCAGUCCAGCCAGGAGCUUCGGCAUCGUCAUGUGGGAGGUCAUGUCCUUCGGCGAGCGGCCCUACUGGGACAUGUCCAACCAGGACGUGAUGAAGGCUGUGGAGGACGGGUUCCGCCUGCCCGCCCCGGUGAACUGCCAGCCACCCCUGCACCAGCUCAUGCUCGACUGCUGGCAGAAGGACCGCAGCCAGAGACCCAAGUUCUCGCACAUCCACAACAUCCUCAGCAAGUUAGUGCAGAGCCCGGAGCCCCCAAAGUGCCCCAGCUCCACGUGCACCAGCACGUCCAUCCCCCUCACCGAGCGAACCUUCUCAGCCUUCCCAUCUUUCAGCUCCGUAGGCGAGUGGCUGGAAGCGAUAGAAAUGGGCAGGUACAAAGACAACUUCACUGCUGCGGGCUACUGCUACCUGGAAUCGGUGGCCAGGAUGACAGCCCAGGACCUCCUGAGCCUGGGCAUCACGCUGGCGGAGCACCAGAGCACCAUCCUGAGCGGGAUCCAGACGCUGCGGGCGCAGGUGAUCCAGAUGCAUGGCCGAGGCGUGCAGGUGUGA